AUGAACUUUUUAUAUAUCAAAGGCUGUGAAUCAGGUUGGGAUAAAUAUGGUGACAAGUGUUAUUUUUUCUCUACGACAGAAGAAAGAGCUUGGCAAGAUUCAAAGUUGCUCUGUGAAUCGAUGAAUGCAAACCUUGUCAAAGUUGACACAGACCAAGAACAUACAUUCAUGCGUGAUAAACUGAUUGCACUAGGUGGAGACUAUGCCUGGAUAGGUGCUCGUUAUAAUGCAAGUGCCGGAGAAUAUCGCUGGAUUGACGGAUCAGAAAUGAGAAUAGAUGGCUGGGCUCCAGGCAAACCAAACAAUCAAGGCUGCAUCAAUUACUUACGUACUGACAAUUGGCUAUGGAAUUCGCAUGAAGACUGCCACUAUACACCUUGCUCCUUCAUUUGCGAAAAGAAAGCUUGUUAAUAAUAUCUUAAUCAAUAUUAAUCAUACAUCAUGCUUAAAAAAAGAUUAUAAAUGACAUGUUAAGACUUUCAUUGAUUUUUAUCUAUAAAUGUUAAGUGUGUAUAUUUUGAGCAUGUACCAAACUUUCGUUAUAACAUUUACUAUUUGUACAAUAUAUUCAUAAGAACAGUAUGUUCUAAAUGUCCUUGUCAAGACACAUGAAUUAUAGAAAAAACAACUUCAUGACUUUUUUUAAAGAUCCUGUAACACAUUUUUUAUGGUUUUAUAUCAUAAAUAUGACGCUCAAAUUAACAUUUAUCAAUGUGGCAGUUCCAAAAAGCAUUAUUCAUAAAGAUAUAAACGAAUUUAACAUUUCAUGUAAAUAAAGGGAGGCAAUAAAAAAUUAUUUUCUUUCAAGACUAAGUCAAAAUGUUAAAUAAGAGAUGAAUAUUAAUAUUUGCAGUACAUAUUUUACAUAUUCUUCGAUGUUUGAAAAUUGUUUUAUAAGUAUAAUUAUAUACAUAUAUAUAAAUUCAUUUAAGUGUGGUAUACAACCUCAAUUACAACAUCGUAUUUAUUUUUUUAUAUUUGCAUGGAAAAGAAUAUUUAUCAUAAAAUAUGAUGUAAUAAAAACAAACAAAAAAUGGUUGAUGGACAAGAUGCAGGCCAAUAAAUCGUCAUA